ACAUGGGACAAGUGAGGGGAAAAGAGGAAGACAUCCACGUAGCCAUUCUCGCAUUACAGUCGCACAGCCGUGUAAUGUCCUCAAUGUGUAACGUUACGUUUUAUUUGAUGAAACGCUGCUUGCAAUUACGCUGAUAACGGUGUUCAUAGUGGCGGGGGAACGCGGACCGACCCACACCGGCCCCGUUUGCUGAAAGGGAGAGGACUAACAAUGGAGCUGGAAGACGGAGUUGUGUACCAGGACGACCCGGGGACAUCAGCGAUGAUGUCUGAGCGGGUAUCGGGCCUGGCCAACUCCAUCUACCGCGAGUUCGAGAGGCUCAUCGGGAAAUACGACGAGGACGUGGUGAAGGAGCUGAUGCCACUGGUCGUGGCGGUGCUGGAGAACCUGGACUCGGUGUUCGCGGAGAACCAGGAGCACGAAGUGGAGAUGGAGCUGCUGAAGGAGGACAACGAGCAGCUCAUCACCCAGUACGAGCGGGAGAAGGCACUGAGGAAACAUGCGGAGGAGAAGUUCAUUGAGUUUGAGGACACGCAUGAACAGGAUAAGAAGGACCUUCAGAACCAUGUGAACAGAAUGGAGUCCCAUUCACGGCAACUGGAACUCAAGAUCAAGAACUACGCGGACCAGAUUGGCAGGUUAGAGGAACGUGAAGUGGAGCUCAAGAAAGAAUACAACUCCCUCCAUCAGCGACACUCAGAGAUGAUCCAUAACUAUAUGGAGCAUGUGGAGAGGAUAAAAAUGCAGCAGAUAAGUGAGACUUCAGAGUCGAGCGCGGUCGGUCGAGUCAGGAGAGAGCGGCCUCUUUCUUUGGGGAUCUUCUCAUCACCCAGUGGAGCAUCGGUGCUCAUCCCCGACUCCCAGGCCAGGGCAGAGACACCGGGCACAGAGGGCUGGAGAUUCACUGACCCAGCACGGGCCAACACUGCUAGCCUAAAGGAUGAGCUGUCGGACCUCUCUGGCUCUAAGUCAGCCACAAUGUCCACCACAGCCUCCGACAUGGAGAAGGGAGGUGGGAACAGUAAGAGCACGGAGGUGCAGGCUGCACUGGGGACCAGGUCCAUAUUAGUGGGUUUGCCUGAAAACGAGGAGAGCUCAGAUGUGCAGGACAUCAUUGAGACCACCCCUGAGCUGGACAUGGAUCUCAUUGGAUACAAACCCUGCAGUACUCCCACUAAAGGCAUUGAGAACAUGGCAUUCGACCGAAACACAGACUCCCUGUUUGAAGAGCUGUCUUCUGCAGGCACUGGGAUGAUUGGGGAUGUGGAUGACGGGGCCGACCUGCUGGGAAUGGGCCGGGAAGUUGAAAAUCUCAUUCAGGAGAAUUCGCAGCUGCUUGAGACAAAGAAUGCUCUGAACGUGGUGAACAAAGACUUGAUAUUGAAGGUGGAUGAGUUGACCUGUGAGAAGGAGAUGUUGGAGGGAGAGAUGGAGGCUGUGCUGCAGGCCAAGACCAAUAUGGAGGACAAGAGCAGAGAGAUGGAGGAGGAGCUCAAAAAAGUGCGACUGGAGAUGGAGGAAGUGAAACACAAAACUAAAGACGAAGAAGAUAGUGACGUGCCGACAGCCCAGAGGAAGCGCUUCACCAGAGUGGAAAUGGCCAGAGUGCUGAUGGAGAGGAACCAGUACAAAGAGAGACUGAUGGAGCUGCAGGAAGCUGUGCGGUGGACAGAGAUGAUCAGGGCCUCGAGAGAAAAUCCAACUCUCUCCGAAAAAAAGAAAUCCAGCAUCUGGCAGUUCUUCAGCAGACUGUUUAGCUCCUCCUCCAGUUCUCCUGCUAUAAAGAAGGUGGAGUCCCAGUCCAACAUGAAAUACAACGCCCCGGGCAGCAUGGUAAAGAGGAGCAGCACCUUCUCCCAGUUCCCGACCGAGAAGUCAAAGACUUUUGACUUCCUUAAUGAAGAAAAGGACCAGUGCAGCUCACCGUCGCGUAAAGAGCAGAAGAGAGCCCAGUACAGACAAGUCAAGGCCCACAUGCAGAAGGAGGAUGGACGAGUCACUGCACAUGGCUGGAGCCUGCCCAGCAAAUACAAGGUGGCAAAUGGUGGACAAGUGGAGAACAAAAUGAACCUACCUGUACCAGUAUACUUGAGACCUCUGGAUCAGAAAGAUGCUUCUAUGAAGCUAUGGUGUGCUGCAGGGGUCAACCUGUCUGGGAGAAAGACAUUACAAGAGCUCAUGAAACAGACAAAGGGUUCUCAGAGUAGUCUGGACCAGUUGGAGCAAGAGAGUAAGGAUCAGGAGAAAGGGGAGCAGGAGAAGGAGCUGGUCCUUCAGGAUGAGAUGUCCAGUAGGGUAUGGGUGUGCACCAGCACCCACUCCUCCACCAAGGUCAUGGUGCUGGACGCCAUUCAGCCCUCUGAUUUACUUGACAGCUUCUACGCCUGCAACACCCACGUCGUCUGCAUAGCCAGCGUGCCAGGUGUGUUGGAGACGGAUUACUCGGCAGGUGAAGAGGUACCCCAAGACCCGGAGGCUAGCCAAGGUGACGGGGUGUCACUAGCCGGCAGUGUGGCCAGUGCGGGCUCAACAGGCAGCGAUGGUGCCAUGACAGCAGAGGGGACCACCGCCAUUCCCCAGACAGCCAUUGCAGGUGUCACGGAUCAGCCGGCUGAGCACAGCGGCAUCUCUAGCUCAGUUGAGCUGUCCAGAGAGACCAGUCCAGCAGAAGACAGCGUUCCUACGGCAGAAGAGGCAACGGAAGCAAUGGAGGCGAACGCUGGGGUGGGCGAAGAAGGAGAAGAGGACCAGGAAGCGGAUCCAAACCAGCCGGGAAUCUACACGGAGCAUGUAUUCACUGACCCACUGGGGGUGGGACCCACGGAAUCCCCUUCUCCUCACACUCAGAGGGGCUGCAAACAUGAUGGCGAGACUUCUUUUCCAGAAGACUCAGACCCAUCAGAUGGUGAAGUCCUGAGGAUGAGCAGCGCACUUCCCACCAUGUGGCUGGGAGCUCAGAAUGGAUGUCUCUAUGUGCACUCGUCUGUGGCUCGAUGGAGGAAGUGUCUCCAUGCCAUCAAGCUGAAAGACUCCAUCCUCAGCAUAGUGCACGUUAAAGGGAGAAUCCUGGUGGCUUUGGCUGAUGGGACAUUAGCUAUUUUUCACAGAGGCCUUGACGGUCAGUGGGAUUUAACCAACUACCACCUGUUGGAUCUGGGCCGGCCUCACCACUCUAUCCGCUGUAUGACAGUCGUCCAUGACAAGGUGUGGUGCGGUUACAGGAACAAGAUCUAUGUCAUCCAGCCAAAGGCCAUGAGGAUAGAGAAGUCGUUUGACGCUCAUCCUCGCAAGGAGAGUCAAGUGCGGCAGCUGGCCUGGGUUGGAGACGGCAUCUGGGUGUCCAUCCGACUGGAUUCAACUCUCCGCUUGUUCCACGGCCACACCUACCAGCACCUCCAGGAUGUGGACAUCGAGCCCUACGUCAGCAAGAUGUUGGGUACGGGUAAACUGGGCUUCUCUUUUGUGAGAAUCACAGCUCUGGUGGUGUCCUGCAGCCGACUCUGGGUAGGGACAGGAAACGGCGUUAUCAUCUCCAUCCCGCUGUCUGAAGCCAACAAGACGGCGGGAAUAGUGCCAAAUCGUCCCGGCAGCGCUGUACGGGUUUACGGGGAUGACGGUUCAGACUGUGCCAUGCAGGGCAGCUUUGUGCCGUACUGCUCCAUGGCCCAUGCCCAGCUCUGUUUCCAUGGACAUCGAGAUGCUGUCAAGUUUUUUUGUCACGGUGCCAGGUCAGGCGAUGCCCCCUCCAGGCAGUGCAGAUUCAGGCUCCGACGACCCUCCAUCUGAAUCUUCUGACGCAGCCACCUCUGAGCCUAAUACAUACCUGGUCAUGAGUGGAGGCGAAGGCUACAUUGACUUCAGAAUGGGUGAUGAAGGCGGUGAGUUGGACGGUUUAUCAGAGCCAGCAGCCAGCCAGCAGUCACCUCCUACCAAGGCCGAGCAGAGCCACCUCAUUGUCUGGCAGGUCACAACCUCCCAUGACUGAAAACAAAUCAGACUGUUGUGUCAACGCCAGGGCCCGCCCACCAAACCCCUGCAUGUCCUUCUCAGCGUUUUUAAUUUGAUAUUAUUGAUUGUUCUUAAUGCUUGAGUAGUUUACUACUUUGUAAAAAAACAAUUAUUUUUAGUCCAUGUUUUGUACAGUUUAUUCUUUAUGAGUUUGAAUUAUAUAUACGGUGAAGUUUAUGUUAACUUUAAGAAUACGUCCAAGUCCAAGUGUUCCCUUCUGCUGGGUUGCCUGUUGGAAAGCUGGUGUGCAAUGGAAACAGGUCUAGUUAACUAGAAGUUGUGGGCAUAGUUUGAUCAGGUUAUGUAUGAAAGUUGGUCUCCAAAAUGCUAAAAAAAAGAUGGGAAAUAUAAAAGGGAAAAGCGCUUGAAUCAGUUUUGCAGUCAUUGAAAAGGAGCAGAAGUAUAUUUUAUACGACACAAAUAAGACUUUUACAUUUGUAAACCACAUGUCUGUAUGUGUGUGAACAUCAGGUGCGUGUAUGCAUUCACUGAGUAUUUUUAUUAUAUUAACCAUUAAGGCUGGGUGUCACAAAGUCAAAAAUGUAUCCAAAAUUUCAAAAGGUUAAAUUCCUUUAAUGUGUGACCAGAGACUAAUUAUUCUACUGUAUGGUCUGAUUAUUAGAAAAGAUAUUUGCACCUACCAGUGGUUAAUUAAAUGUGCUUUUAUCAAGCAAAGGUGGUAGGUUAAAACACUUUGAGAGGCUGCGUUAAUAUUGAAUGCCACUGAGCCCUAUUUCCUACAGGUUUAUGUUUUAUGACAUAAAUAAAUGUCUCAGCAGUUUGGGUCCUGCUACCGAAUAGAAGAACUGGCGUACUGUACUGCAGGUUAGCAUCAGCCUGCGUGUGCGUGUGCGUGUGCGUGUGCGUGUGAGUGUGCGUGCGUGUCUGCUCGGAUGUUUUCAAGCAAAAACCGUUGUGUGAAGAAAAUCUGCCUGUGCCACCAGCUUGGUGCUUCCUGUUUGCUUCAUCAUUGGCACUUUAAAAUGUGAAAUGUUAGUCGCUUGAGGUUUGAAAGAACACCCGUGGUAAUGCACCCGACCAUACUGCGUGCUCACCGAAUGGAGGGAACAAAAUGUACAAAAAUAUCACCCCAGUAACCAAAAGCACCGUUAAACUGACUUGAUUUUAUUAUUUUAAUCUUUUCUGACAAGAAACGUGUUGUGAGUCUAAUAAUUUGAGGGUAUGCAUGUUCACUGCGUUGCCCUUUUGGGAGAUAAGCUUGAAUAAGGGAAUCCGUGUUUGUUUCACCUACUAAUUCUAAUGCACUAAAGGGAGUCUCUCCUGAUCGCUUCAUUCCUUUUGUUGUUACGAAUACAUUUUGAGGCCUGGAAGGCAAUUAUUGUUUUGGGUGCUUUUUAAUUGAAUUCUGAAUUCAUGUGUGAGACACUUUCAUUAAAGUAUUGAUGACUGUAACAGACGGCAGGAUACCAAUAUUAAGCAGGUGUUUUAAUUUGUUUUUAUAAUCUGAAAAGUUGGGCCACGAUUGGUCUUCAAUCCAUUUCAAAAUAGGAACUUUUUAUUUUGUUUUUGCCAUUCCAGUAUUUAUUUCCUUUGUCAACGAGCCUAUCUUGGUUCAGAAUGUAACUUUCUACAUGAGCAAAUUAAAUUGGAAGGCUAUUGUAAACAAAAUAGUCCAAUGAGUUUACGUGAUUGUUAAUAAUAGUAAAGAAAUUAAUGUCAUGUUGGACAUUUUUGAUAAACCAUGAAAUAAAAGUGUGCAAACUUGAUAUUUUUAGAACAACACAUUCAUGUUGCUAUGCAUGUUUUUUUGUUUUUUUUAAGAGGACACUGCUCGGUUUUCAGCUAAAUCAGUUUGUCACCGUUCUGGGUGGGGUGGAUAUCUAUGGAGCUAAAUCCAUGGCAAUAGUUUUGUUAGUUUGAAAAAAAGAUUUGAACCUGAAAAUUCAAGUUUUGGUCUUUCAACAAUGUAUUUGAAAUAAAAAUAAUUGUAUGAAAAGUUUUGUUGGUUUAAGUAUAAUUUAGAUUCAGUUAUGUUUUUUUUCUCGAAUAAAAUAUAUUUUUUCAUUUUUCAGUAGCAUAUUUUAUGUUUUCAACUUUCAAUCCCAGCCAAAAGUCUGAACUUAUUUUUAUUUCGAAUACAUUGUUGAAUUUUUCAUUGUUCAAGACCAAAACUUGAAUUUUCAGGUUCAAAUCUUUUUUUCAAACUAACAAAACUAUUGGCAUGGAUUUAGCUCCAUAGAUGUCUAUACUUGUAUUUGUGUGUACAGUAUGUAUAGGAGAGCGAAUGCAAGACGCAGAUUGUUCAAGUGUGUGUGUGUGUUUGUGUGUUGUGUGUCACUCUGUCUAUCUGUACUUCAGAGACUUGUCACAUUUACCCGUUCUCUGGACGUGGUUCCUCCUGGUCAAUGUUUGCUAAAACAGCAUCAUAGCCUUAUUUUUAACAAUCUAUUAAACUCAAUUUCAUGGA